UUCCCCGUUCUUGAUUCCUGUGUUCUAUUCCGCUUCUUCUCUCUCGUCUCUCUUCGCCGUUGGGCAUCAAUCCUUCUCCACACUCAAACAAAAAACCUAGUAAUUUGUUGAAUCAGAGCAGUAUUAUAGUUUUUCAUUAGGUCUGUUGGCAUCAAGAAUCCAAUUUACUACAGGAAUUUUGCUAUGAUGGGGGGCUCGGCAACCAGUAACGUAUACAUCAAUGUCAUCGAUGAUGUUAUCAGCAAGGUCCGCGACGAGUUCAUCGAAAAUGGUGGCCCUGGCGACGGCGUACUCGGUGAACUCCAAAGAUUAUGGGAGCUGAAGAUGAUGCAUGCUGGAGCGAUUACGGGUCCGAUUGACAGGUCAUCCACGCAAAGGGGGGCUGGUGGUGGUUCUAUCGCACCUAAUCCUGUACAUGACCUCAAUGUACCGUAUGACGGCACUGAGGAGUAUGAAACUCCUACUGCUGAUUUACUCUUUCCUCCGACUCCACUGCAAACUCCACUGCAGACACCACUGCCUGGAACUGCACAGACGCCACUGCCUGGAAUGGCUCAUACACCAUUGCCUGGAGCAGCUCAGACUCCUCUUCCUGGAAAUGAUAGCAGUCCGUUCUAUAAUAUUCCCACUGGCGGCACCCCAGUCACCCCUAGUGAUUAUGCAUCACCCAAUGAAAAUGGUGGUGUUCCUAAAAUCACAGGUGGACUAGGAAGACCUAGCCAAUUCAUGCCUCCGCAAUCCCCUUGGUUAAAUCAGAGGCCUCAUCUUGAUGUGAAUGUCGCUUACACUGAAGGUCGGAAAGAGGGCGAGAUGGGGGCGCCUCAUCAGCCAUCAACUCAGGAUUUCUUCUUAGCUAAUGGAAAGCGAAAACGUGAUGGUCCAUAUCAUCCGGAAUACAUUUCACAACAAGAUGGAGCGUCAGAUAGUCUAUCAGAUGAAUCAGAGAUGAAGAUAUCUGCUAGGAUUCCUCAGUUGGAUGGCCCUGUGCCGAAUCCAUAUGAUGAUGUGCUUUCUACACCCAAUAUAUACAAUUAUCAAGGAGUUGUCAGGGAAGACUACAAUAUAGUGAACCCACCUUUGCCAAAAGAGAUGCUAGCAGCAACUCCUGCCCCUGUUCAAAAUGACAUUGGAGAUGCCGACGAUGAUGAUGAAUCCUUGAAUGAAGAUGAUGAUGAUGAUGACCUGGAUGAUGAGGGUCAAGGAGCAGAUGUAAACUCAGAACAUUUGGUUCUAGCGAAAUUUGACAAGGUGACUAGAACCAAAAGCAGGUGGAAAUGCACAUUGAAGGAUGGGAUCAUGCGCAUAAAUAACAAGGAUAUUCUGUUCAACAAGGCAAAUGGGGAAUUCGACUUCUGAUAUGUUGGUACUGCUGAAUUCCAAAGGAAAGCUAGAUACUUUAUCCUCUCUCCCCUCUCGCUGGCCGCUCUAGUUGCAGGAAAACUUGAGAGUUUUAGAUUGAGUUGUGAUCCGCGGCGUGUACAUACAGUGUUUUGGCACAUCUACAUUUUACUUGCAUUCCCCUUUCCAUAGUUUUGGUGUUUGUUGACAAUACCAAUAUCAUUUUUCUUAUAACAAUUUUGGCAUUCCCCAUUUUGAAUAUAGAUUUCUGAAAUUA